AUGAGUCUGCAAGGAAAUCCAAAGCUAUUCAACAUUGUGAAAAACAACAGAGUUGAUGAGCUUCAGAAGGAGUUGAAUGGAAAUGUUACAACUCUUCAAGAUACUUCUUAUGAAUUAGACUGUGAAACAUAUUUUACUUCAAGUUUAAAUAAAGGAUUAACUUUGAUGCAUGUCGCAGCAUUUUACGAUGCAUUGGACUGUGUCGAGUAUUUCGACAAACAAGGUAUUUCUCCCGAAAUUAAAUCAGCAUUAGGAUACGCUCCAGUACAUUAUGCAGCAUUAGGAGGCGCCAAAGAAGUACUGAUUUACCUUUGUACAGAGCAUAACGUAGAUAUUAAUUCAGCUCCAGCAAAUGGUUAUACUCCAAUUUGCCUGGCUACUUGUAAUGAUUCUGAUGAAAUUUUAAGAAUUCUCUUUGAUUGUGGCGCCAAAUAUAUACAACAGUCAGCUGGUAAAGUAGCAAUAAAUUCUCCAUUACUUAAAGCCAUUGAGCAACAUAAAACACAACCAUUUGUAUUUUUGAUGGAAAGAUGCGUACCAAUGUCUCUUAAAGAUGAAAAGGAUUACUCACCUCUUAUGAAGUGCAUUGCUCAUAGACUUUACGAUGGCGUUAACUUACUUCUUCAAUCAGAUAAAGUUAACGUUAAUUACUUAGAUGGUGAAGGCAGAUCUGCACUCAUGUUUGCUAUUGGUAGCACACGGGCUGAUCUAGUUCAGAAAUUAAUUGACAAAGGAGCAAAUGUCAACCAAAGAGGCUUUUUAAAGCAAUAUCCAAUACAUUUCGCUGUUACAUCUGGGAGCUACGAAAUAGUUGAAAUGCUUAUAAACGCAGGAGCUAACGUUAAUGUCACUGAUAAAUCGAAUAAGCUUCCCAUUAACUGUUUAUCGCCAAAACCAGACGCUCUCAAAAUACUCGACCUACUUAUAAAGAAUGGCAAUGAUAUUAACCACUAUUUCGAUAAAGGCGCAUUCAUUGCAAAUUUUAUCACACAACCAGGCCAAGAAGAAUUCUUUAAAUACAUUAUCGAUCAUGGCUUUGAUUUCUCUGGAAUUGCUCCAAACCAUAAAACUUAUUAUGAAUUAAUUAUGACUGUCGGCAAACCACAAUACAAAGAACUUGUAAAGACCCACUAUAAACCAAAAAAGUAA